AUCCCCCACUCGUCUGCAGCGUCUGACUGUAAGCAGCGCCACUUGGGCCCACUCAAACACAGCUCAAGCUCAGCUAGUCCGCACCGAGCCCACGGCAGAAGUCCACGCGAGAAAAAGACGAUUACACUAAUCCACAGCACGCACGGGAGGAAAAAACAACAACACUUGUUUUCUUCGACCGAGUGACGUUGAUUUGCAUAUCCACUUCCACUCCUUCCUCAUUUGCAUACUGCAAGAAAUGGCGAGCGGGCAUCCCACAGACAAAUUCAGUUUCAUGUAUCAACCAGACACGCACAAGAGCAAAAACAGGUUGUCUUCAGCCAUGAAUCCAGUCUACAGCCCUGUUCAGCCUGGAACCCCCUAUGGGAACCCCAAAAACAUGGCCUUCGCAGCAGGCUAUCCAGGGGGGUAUCCUACCACAGCACCCACAUAUACGCCAAACCUAUAUCAAACAGGAAGCCCUGGGUAUCCACCUGGAUAUACUGCAGCAGGCACCCCAUACAAAGUGCCACCUACUCAGUCAAAUGGAGCACCCCCUCCAUACACCCCGACCCCGACCCCAUACCCUACAGCUAUGUACCCUAUCCGCAGUGCCUACCCACAGCAGAACCUGUACACGCAGGGUGCAUAUUACACCCAACCGGUGUAUGCCGCUCAGCCACAUGUGAUCCAUCACACCACUGUGGUGCAACCAAACAGCAUCCCCUCCACAGCCCUCUACCCAGCCACCGUCCCUGUACCCACUCCUCGUAACAACGGCAUGGCCGCCAUGGGGAUGGUAGCCGGGACAACCAUGGCCAUGAGUGCAGGGACACUGCUGACAACUCCCCAGCACGCCCCUAUUGGAGCACACCCCGUUACUGUGCCCACUUACAGGCCCCAGGGAACACCUGGGUACAGUUACGUUCCACCUCACUGGUAGAGCCCACCAAUUUUUAUCUGGAGUCCGCCAUCAUAUGCAACUGCUCAAAUCUGACCCAGACUCUCGGUAACCAUGGGAACUCGGCACCAUGUCUGCAGAACAAAACUAAAGUGCAACAGCCACUUUAAUAUCAUUCUCUAACAUUUUUACAAAAGCUGCUUUUGUUUUAUUAUUAUUUUUUUUUUAUUUGUUCAUUUGCCAACCAGUCAUUACCAUAUUUUUGUUUUAUUAUAAACAACAUUUUUAGGACAUUUUCCUUCCCCUACUUUUUUUUUCUGAGCUUGUAUUGAAACUCCAGAAGGACACAGACCAAUCACAGUUGUUGUUCCUUUGUGUGUGUGUGUGUGGGUGGGUUGGUGUGUGGGUGGGUGGGUGUAUGUGGUCCUGCCUGCUGCUCAGUUGGCUGGAAAGUAUUGCGCACUUAUUCCUCAAGAUCAUUUGCCUCAGUCAUUUCAAAUACGAGACCUAUUGACUUAUGCUGCCAAAUUUCCUCACAGCUAGAUUAUCAGCACAGGGUUUAAAUACCCAAUUUUUCAAUUAGUUAUUUUUUAUUUGAUUUAUUUUUAUUUUUUAUUUUAUAUUAUAUUCCUUUGCCUUUUUUUCCAUUCAGUUGUCCUUUGUUUGUAUUUUGUUUCAGGUUUCCAUCAGCAGUUCCUUUUCACCAUUUUUCUCAUCAGCUUUGUUUCGCUUUCAGUCCAGCCUCACGUGUCUUCCAACACCUCGCUGUCUUGUGAGUCCGUCACUUGUCUGUAUGUCUCCACGUGCGUUGUAUACCACUAUCAGGAGUGUACAAGCAUCAUUUCUAGUGUACGCUUAAAAAAAUACGUCACCUACUUCAUGCCACAUACUAUGCAGGCAUGUUGUGACACUGUUGAUUAAGAGAUAGAGAGAGCAUUUUUUUGGUGACAUUUAUUUGUUCAUGCUGUUAGAUCAUUAAAUGUCAGUCAAUACAUACAGCAAAGGUUAAUAUAUUUACAAUAAUCGCAUAAACGGCGUGGGUGGUCGCUCGCACAGUCACUAACUCGGCCUCCUGUGUUGGGGAAAAACACGACCGCCUUGUGGCACUUAAUGUACAGUACUGCGGGUUGUUAUGCUACUGAUCAACAAGAAAAUCCAAGGCGGACAAAGGGAGUUUAAAGGAAUUGUGUUAGAAGGUGGCCAUUCACAGUGCGAGACAUUUUGGGUUUGUGGAAUCUAACCUGCAAGGGGAUGCAUUCACCUAGCUCUUUUGCACCAGAAGUGUAUAUUUUGUCACAAACUGUGUUGUCUCAUUCCCUCACCCAAAUGAGGACCAAUAACCAAAUACCCAACAAUUGCAAAACCAUACUCAGACCAUUUAAUAACAUCUACUGAUUUUACAUUUUGGUCUUAAAAACAACAAAUCUACCACAGAAAGCUACUAUAGCAUCAGGGAGCAAGAGCCAAAUCAGGUUGGGGGAAAAAAAACAAAAAAAAACACGAUUUUAAACAAGUUCAACUUAAAGGGGUUAUAAAAAAAAAAAGUGGCAGACAUCCAUCUGCUUUAAGUACUUUUCUUAAAAAGAUUCGUACAUUCACUGUUGCCAGUGCUAAUCUCUGCAAGAGCAUCGGACUUGCACAUACUGUAUACCUAAGUCCAAAAUAGUUCAUAUUGUGUAACCACAAAAUGCAGCCUAUGUAUGAAUAUUUUGGGGGUCAUUUGUCUUUUACUAAAAGGACGUUGUAAUCUAACCUUUAAAAUGUAAUAUCAUGUUGCUGUUGAGUGACGAGUAUGUACAUUACCUGCACACAAAAAAAAACUUGUUUUAAAACAAACAAAAAAAAGAUUUCAUAAAAUUAAAAAAUAACCACUUUGGAGAUAGUCUGCAGGUUUUUCAUUAGACUGAAAAUUGCACUUUUGUCAAAAAACUCUUUGGUUAUUGGUUCUCAGCUUGCGGAAAGGCAGGUGGAAGGUGUAAAAAUUAGGUCCGCGGCAUUUCAGGAUUCACAGAAAAAAAUGUAAUAGAUUAAUAGGUUAACUUUUAGAGAAAUGUUGUAUUAAAGAGCAUUUACAGCAAAGGUAUGUAGAGGCUUGAUACUGCAAUAAAAUAAGAGGGAAUGCCUCAUAAUUGUUAACAUAGUGUGAUUCUGUAAUCAGCUUUUUGAAUUGAUUUUGGGGGGAAAUCCUUGCCUUUUCCAAAACGUUUGUAGGCUUUAUAUGCAGCCUCAAUAUCGACCAUUAACAAUAAUAAGAGAACAUAUCAACAAUUUGAGUAUUGAAUAACUUCGUGAGGAACUAUUGCACAAAAUUGAAAAACUAAAUAAAAUAGUACUAUAAUGCUAAGUAACCAGGUACCUAUAAGCUUUUUACUGCAAGAGUGUGAUAGACACCAUUUAUAUUGUAAUUAAAAUAAAACCAAGUUGAGUGAGGUAUUCGUAUUCCACAAACAUUGGUACACUAGAGCGUUAAUUCUUAAGACAAAUUGCAAUAAGCUGCUGUCGGUUAAAAGCCUAUGUUUUUUUUUUUUUUUUUUUUUAAAUUGGCCCUUGUAAUUUAGGUGUUUGAAUAAUAAGCAAGCAAAACAAUAACAUUUUAAUCCAGCAGGGGAAAAAAAAAUUUAUUUGGUGAUUGUUUUGUUUUUUUUGGCAACAGAAGUUAUGUUAUUUGUCUCAAGGAUUUUAUUUAACCUAUAGUAUUUCUUCACUUGUUCACUCUGGUCUAUUCCGCAUAAUGGGUAUGCAUAAUAUUCAGGUGUCUAACUAUAGCAUCGGAAGUUUAAAAAAAAAAUGCAGUAUAUUCAUACAGCAAGUGGUACAGUAAUGUAUUUCUAGCUAAGCAUGGUCGCAUCCGUGUGGCAGCUAUUGUUUGUGCUUUUGAUAUUUUAUUUGAGCUCCUCUUCAAUAUAUUGUCCUCCACAUACAGUAUCUGACUAAGUAGAAGGAGACGUCGGGGUGUUUAAAUGAGGCUGUGAUUCUUGCGGUGAGGGUUAACUCAUCUGCAACAUAGUUGAAAACCUCCGUGUUGCUUCUUUUUAUUUUCACACCUUGACUGAGUCGAGGACGAUUGACAGACCUGAGGUGGAUAAGCACGAUGGUUUGACAGGCCGACAACUCUUUCUUCAGCCUCCACGCCCUUUGUGCCAUACGUCACUGUUGUUCAGUAACUUUUUCUUAUCCUAAGUAUCUGGUGAACUCUUGUUAAGUCUUGCUUCCUGUGAAUCUUGUUUUCUUAUGACUGUCCUCUUUUCCCACACUGUUGUUGUGUAUUGCCUGUCGAAGUUUUAACCUGUCUUGCUGUUUUUCUUACGGUUUGUCCUAAUUUUUAGUUUUACUUUUUUAUGCCACAACUCCAGUGGCCUUUUCUUUCCUCCUCUAAAUAACAUAAUAAUAAACCUUCUGCUCUCUUGCAUAACAGGAGAGCAAAAUAUUGCCACAUCCCUACCAUGACCACUUUCCUUUCAUUCCAACCCUCACCUCUCAAAUCGUCACCAUAAUAGAUAAAAAUGCUCACUUAUCGAUUAUUAGGGCCACACUGAAAAGGAAAAGAGUUCCACAAAUAGUCUUAACUUGUGAGUGGGGAAAAAGCUGAAUACAGAUAGAUAUUACAAAAAGAAAAUUUGUAAUUUUACAGGAAUAGUCAUGACAAAACAGUUUGAAUUUUAUGAGAAUAAAAUGGUAAUUAGAGGGGAUAAGAUUAUAAUCACAUUCUUCUCAUAACUUGGCAACUUUUUUUUCCCCAGUGUGGCACUUAUACUUUAGACUAAAUCCACCAAGAUUUGGUAUUUUUUAAAGAUACCGAUACACAUCCAAGCAAAUGAGAACAGCGGGUGUCGCCAGUGACAAUGCUAACAAUUGAUGAACAGUAGUUACAUGACUGACUUUUUUUAUUGGCCUUGUUGCCAUUAUAUAAAAAGUUGAAGAAAAAAUACAUAGUGGUGCUUACACAUUUCCACUUUAAAUGUGUAAGCUAGAGAGGCAGAUCUGCUCUGCUGUUUUACAUCAUUACCCAAAACAAUUAGCUCAAAGCAGUUGUUUUCCAUGGUGGGGCUUCCUCAUUAGAUUCCAUUCCUUGCCUCUCGAUGAUUUCAAUUUGCACUUAAAUUAGAAAUGGACAUUUAAACACUUAAGAUGUGUUUAGGGGGUAAUGUAGUUGUACUUUGCUUUUUUUAUUCUGUCCUUAGCAUUGUAUGGAAAAAGUUUACUGGUCUAUUUUCCAUGUUUUUUUUUUGUUUGUUUUUUUUCACUUUGACAGUGAAAAGUGCGACCAAACCAUUCAGAGAACCUCUUUCCAUUUUCACCACUCCUUCCUCCUUUCAUUUUUUUUGCCUUGCAGUUGCUAAGUCUUAUUUUAUUCUUAAAUACAAAUUAAAACACUAGUAUCACAGUGAAUAGUGUCUUGGAUGUUCUGCUGCAGCGUUUUAAUUUCAAAUUGUCAACAAUAACUUAUCAGUUCAAUUUGACACUAAAUGUGAUGCAAAAAGUGGAAAUUCCAUGUCUUCCAAAAAAGAGAAAGAAAGAAAGCAUACUUGCAUCCAUCCCUCUCAGAUCAAGUAUUAGGAACAAACCAACUUUUGGAAGUUUUAGUAUGGUACCCAGUUUGCACAUGCUAUGGUAUUUACCGUAAGGUUGUGUUUGGAAUCUGAAGCCCAACGUCUGUUAAGCGUUGAGAGAAGUGAAUUGUUUGUUAGCUAUUUGGUCCAGAGUGAAGGACCCGCGUCAGGCUUGUGAUAUGAAGUGUAAAUCUGUUUUGUUUUUUUUAUUUUGUUUUUUAUGUUGGUUAUUUUUUUGUAAGAUCAGUUAGUGAUCUUAGUACUAUAACUAAGCCAAGUUUGUAAUUGUAUAUUUACUGUAAAAUGUAGAACAUUGAAUAACUAUUAAAAUUUUCCUAUAAAAGGAA